AUGAAACUGCAAGUUCUAGUUUUGUUGGCUGGGGUCUUCGCCAUCGUGUUAGCUCAGCCUCAACCGCCAGCUAAGCCAGAAAUAAAAGUAGCAACAUCAUCAAACUCGGAAACGAUUGCCCAUUCCCGCUGGGGCAAUCAGCCAGUCAAUCCCCACAAAAAUGUCUGGUUGGAUUGGACCCUUGACAGUUUAAAAGGACCGGAGCCCCAAAAACUGAAGUAUGCAAGUGUUGUACGGCUCAAUGUGAUGCAAGUCAAUCACCAGGGAAUGAUCAGGAUCCACAAUCCGACCAAGGACAAGAACAGCCAUUACCAACUUGCCGACCAUCUUUUUGGCUCCUACACCAGUGUAUUGGGUCCCGGUCAAACUCAUUUUGUCACCGUUAACGAGAGGGGGACACUAGUACUGUUGUUAUAG